CUUCGACAGAAAUGAUUGGAUAGUGCUUGUUUCCGGGGCUCAGAUCCACUGGUGACGUCUGGUUUUACCAUCUGCAGCGAGACAGACUGGGCGAGAAUGGCUGCCGGGGGAGAGGUCGGAAAGCUGUUACAAGUGCAGAAUGGAACUCCAGCAAAUACAAGCAUCAAUGGGGUAGACGCUCUUCAUGCAUGCAACGUCCUCCAGCAGCUGAAAGUCCUGUAUGAUGAAGCACAGUUGACCGAUAUCGUUGUGGAGGUGGACCAUGGCAAGACAUUUUCCUGUCACAGAAAUGUCCUGGCCGCCAUUAGCCCUUACUUCAGAUCCAUGUUCACAAGUGGCCUUACAGAAAGCAGCCAGCGAGAGGUACGCAUCGUUGGCGUGGAAUCAGAGUCCAUGCACCUAGUCCUGGACUACGCCUACACGUCCCGCGUCACGCUCUCCGAGUCCAACGUGCAGGCGCUUUUCACAGCCGCCAGCAUCUUCCAAAUCCCGGCACUGCAGGACCAGUGUGCCCAGUUCAUGAUCAGCCGCUUGGACCCGCAGAACUGUAUCGGCGUGUUCAUGUUUGCGGACGCGUACGGGCACCAGGAGCUGCGGGAGCGCUCGCAGGACUACAUCCGCAAGAAGUUCCUGUGCGUGGUGGGCGAACAGGAGUUCCUGCACCUGACCAAAGAGCAGCUGGUGGGCAUCCUGAACAGCGACGACCUGAACGUGACCAAGGAGGAGCACGUGUACGAAAGCGUGGUGCGCUGGCUGGAGCAGGACCGGGACGGGCGCCAGACUCACCUGGAAGAGGUGUUCUCCAAGUGCAUCCGCCUGCCGCUGCUGGACGAGGCCUUCCGCAGCCGCAUCCCGCCAGCCCUGGCGAUCGCCAUGCCCAAGGAGCCCGUCGACAAGGGCCACCUCAAUGGCACCAACGGGUGUCCGCAGCGGCUGGGCAUGACCGCCUCCGAGAUGGUGAUCUGCUUUGACGCGGCACACAAGCACUCAGGGAAGAAGCAGACGGUGCCUUGCCUGGACACGGCCACAGGGAAGGUGUACAAGCUGUGCAAGCCGCCCAACGACCUCCGCGAGGUGGGCAUCCUGGUCACCUCGGAGAACGACAUCUACAUCGCCGGCGGGUACCGGCCCAGCAACAGCGAGGUGUGUAUCGACCACCGGGCAGAGAGCGACUUCUGGCAGUACGAGCACGCCAACAACCGCUGGUUGCCGCGGGCGCCACUGCUGCGGGCGCGCAUCGGCUGCCGGCUGGUGCACUGCUGUGGAAAGCUGUACGCGCUGGGAGGUCGCGUCUACGAGGGCGAUGGGCGGAACGCGCUCAAGUCGGUCGAGUGCUACGACGCCCGUGACAACUGCUGGACUGCCGUUAGCCCCAUGCCCGUUGCCAUGGAGUUUCAUAGUGCUGUGGAGUAUAAGGAAAGGAUCUACGUCUUGCAAGGGGAGUACUUCUUCUUCUUUGAUCCUCGGAGGGACUACUGGGGCCACUUAACCCCCAUGAGCAUCCCGCGGAGCCAGGGACUGGCUGUGCUGCAUAGAAACUGCAUCUACUACAUCGCCGGCGUCUGCAGGAACCACCAGCGCACCUUCACCGUGGAGACGUACGACAUCGAGCAGAACGUCUGGAGCCAGCGGCACGACCUGCCAUUUGACCAGGCCACCAGCCCCUACAUCAAGGCACUGCUGCUGGGCGGCAAGCUGCACCUGUUUGUGCGCGCCACGCAGGUGAUGGUCGAGGAGCACGUCUUCCGCACCAGCCGCAAGAACUCCCUCUACCAGUAUGACGACGAGGCGGACCAAUGGAAGAAGGUCUACGAGACGCCCGAUCGCCUCUGGGACCUGGGCCGCCAUUUUGAAUGCGUGGUGGCCAAACUCUACCCACAGUGUCUUCUCAAAGUGCUCUGAUACAGCGGGGAGGAGAGGGGUAAUUGCCACCCUUGGCAUGCCUGAGGUGCUACUCGGCCACAGGGGUCAGAUGACGCCCUGCUCUGAGUGUCUCGGUCUAGAGACCAUCAGGAUUUCUAAAGUCUUAAACAAAGUGUUUGAGUGUCCGAAGGACAGCGUUUUGUUGUUGUUGUCGUCGUUGCUGUGGGUGUACACUCUUCUAAAGGUGCCCGUCGUCGAUGCCUGUCCAGUGAGCACAGGGCACCCACACGAUUACUUGUUUUACAGCCGUACAAUGAAUCAUAAGUGCAAUUAUCAUAUGGUUUGCAAAACAUGUGUUUGAGCCAUCUGUCAUUCUUCUAGGUUUAAGACCGUUAGGGUAGGAUUGGUGUUUUCGUUUUUUCUUUAGUUUUGUUGGCAUGCAGUGUUGAGGGUGUUGUGAUGGGGCAACCUCUGGAAAUGGGUUCGUGCAGAGCAUUGACACCAGAAGUACAAAAAGCAAAUAUAUGAAAGAAUAUAUAGCUAUAUGUACUCAUACGGGUAUGUUGAGCGGGUGUGCUCUGUUAGGUAGCUAGGUUUAGAGAAAAAAAAAAAAAGUAAUUUUGAUUUUGCCGUUCUUUUCAUUUUACUGUUUUGUGACGUUUGCCAUGCCUCCUAAUGCUUGGCCAUUCAUUUUAGAAUUGAGUUUGAGAUGUUUGUUUUACGUUUGAGUGUGUUUGGUUGUGAUAGGUAUGCGUUAUCAUUUUGGUGCAUUUCGUUGCAUUGCCAAGAUGUGCGAGAGGCCCCUCAUGCUGUUUCAUAAAACAGGCUUCCCUACUAUCUAUAUAUCUAUCUAAAUAUAUAUAUGUGUGUGUGUGUGUGUGUGUGUGUGUGUGUAUGUAUGUAUAAGUAUUGGUUAUGAAUGUUUGCAGUACGUCUCACCAGUUUGCUAUACAUCACACAUUUUAUGUUUUGAAUUUUUCUUUUUUGUUGGUUUAUUUUGAGAUUAUUUUUGUUUGUCUUGUUUUGUGAAUCAGUAUGGUGGACAUUUUGGGUCUUACUCAACAUCCAAAUCUCUCAUGAAAAACAACUUACACCAGCCAGAACAUCUGUAGAAAGAAGUUACUUAGUCUCCAUAUUGGAGUAGAGAAAAAUAUGAUGAGUACAGCUGAAUGGGUAGCUGUGAGGUGUGUGUGUGUGUGUGUGUGUGUGUGUGUGUGUGUGUGUGUGUGUGUGUGUGUGGAGGGAGGAUCCAAAACGGACUGGACAGUAGGUUUUGCUGACAGAAGCGCCAUGCCUGUCUGAUAGGGAGUGAAGGGAAGAUUGUGGAGAGAGGGAUGUUGAUUUUUCUCAUUUUUAAAAAAAAGAAAGUAGUUGGGUCUGAGUGGUCAUCUCUCCGCAGGUGGCUGUCUGUGGACUUGACUCAGACUCUAAAACAAAACAUCUGCAUUCAGACAGGGCAUCUCAAAGGCCAAAAAUGCAUUCUGCGAAAUGCGCCAUUGUGGUCUGGAACGUUUGGUUCUCGUAGCAAUAACAGUAGAAGCUGAAAUUGUGUGGACAGGGGCGAAGGGAUAGGCUAGGCCUAAGGCGAAAGAACGAACAUAUUCCUCAAUUCUUCGAGAAAGUGCAUUAACAGUUGUUGCUAGCUAAAUGUUUGGUGCUGAAAUCGAUGUGAUCUGUGUGAGUUCUUAAGAGUGGUUUGAAGUCAUGUCCCUGCGAGUCCGUUAAGUGCAGAAUCCCUCCGGGAUGUCAUUGUGCCUAUAGAUAAAACAAAGCAGGCCUGCAGACAGAAUGCCGGCUGCGUGAUAUUUGCCUGUUGGAGUCGCAAGCGAAGCCCCUCUAAAGUCUUACUCAUUGUUGCACUGAAUCAUUUUUUCCACUUUUAAAAAACGGCUUGCCACUGCAAAUUAUUCCACACAACCGCCCACCCACCCACUCCACAGACAUAAGUCAGGAUGGAGAAGCAUCCUGAGCUGUGUGUGUAUAUCCAUGCAUUCUCACUUCCUGGAAUACGAAUACCGAAAAAGAAGAAACAUUUGGUGCUGCUUAUUUGACAAUCUUGUACAGAAUUACAUGACGAUUACAGCCAUCGGGUAACGUCCCUUAUUGUAGCGCAACAUUGUUUUUUUUCUCAGUAGUUUUGAUCAUACACAGGUUCCUGCAGGUCCUGAGUUUGCACUACAUCCUCCUUUUAAUUGUGAAUAGCGGAGGUUGUCCUUUUCAAUCAGAUGACAAAGCAAUCUUGUGGAGAAAGCAGAACUCAAAACCUCAAAGCUCUGUUUCACAAAAAAAUAAAAUAAAUGUUAGUUUUAGUUUCGCCAUGUAUAGCAAGCGAUUGCAAAAGAUUUGAAAACAGUCAACAUAGACGGAUCACAGCUUGGCUUUGCUGUCAUCUGCCCCUCAUUGCUUUGCCGUCCCUGCCAGAUACAAGGCUCUGCGGGAAGCUACAGUGACUGGCGACGAUCAUGUGACUGUGGGGCGGGGACUGUCAGCACCUCAGAACCUCUUGACCCCGCCCAUGGCCUCCUCACCCCAUGUGAACCGCUGAAAAAAAGCUCAGAGGUGCAGGAACCCGAAGCAACGGACAACUCUCAGGAUUUCUAUUGUUAAACACAGUACUGUAUUUAAAUCAUUUGUUUAAAUGUGUAUUAUACUGUAUCAUAUGUUUGCUGUACUUGCACAGUUUCUUUUUUCUUUUUCUUUUUUUAAACAAACCCUGUUUGUUACCCUUCCCAACUUGAAUAAUAGAUGUGAUGGGUUGUUUGUAUGUCUCUGAUGGGUGUAUUAUUUUCUUUUUUCUAUAUUUACUCGUAGGUUUGGGUAUGUGAAAGAUUUUGCUCUGGGGUUUAAGAAAAAAAAAAGAAAAAAAAUACUCUCCAAACAAAAUCACAUUCGCUAUUAUAAAGUUCUAAUUCUCUAUUUUUGGAUUGCAUCACCACAGUAACAGUAUAAACUACAACUACAAAGCAUUACAGAUAUUAACUCCGUACAUUAACCUCUCAACAAACACCAGUCAUCCGUUGUACAAAAAGCUUCGUAAGAGAUAAAAACACACCUUAUGCUAUUGCCUGCUUUCCAUGCAAAAUGCUAUAGAGCUUGUGCUACCUUUGUUUGGCUCUCAAAGCUUUCUUGAGUAUCCACAGUUUGGUGGAUACCACCAGUGAGUUCUUCCUUCUAUUUGACUUUCUUUUUUCACUUUUGUUUGCUUGGUUGUAUGAUAUGAAACUUUGGUAACUAUUAAUUGAUCUUUACUGUGAACUUCACAUUGCACAUAAUUUGAAAAUAAAACAUUAAAAUGAAA